CAUAUUAUUUGAAAUAUUUGUUAUUAAAAAAAAUUUGUUCAACAAAUAUGUAUUUAAUUGAAAUUAUUUUACCUAUUCUUUGGAUGACAACCAUUGAGUUUUUGCAGCGAAUCUUCGGCUUCAGAAAUAAUUGCAAAAGUUUACGGCAAUUGAAUGGACAGAUAGUUGUGAUAACCGGCGCCAACUCUGGUAUCGGCAAAGAGACGGCCCGCGAAUUAGCAAAUCGUGGCGCAAAAAUAAUCAUAGGAUGUCGUGAUAUGUCUAGAGCUGAGUCAGCCAUCAAUGAUAUCAAAGAGAGAAAUCCAAUGGCAGACAUAAUUGCAAUGAAAUUGGAUUUGUCAUCAGUAGACUCUAUCCAUCAGUUUGCUAAACAAUUAAAAAAAAAUUAUGACACAAUCGAUAUACUGAUCAAUAAUGCAGGAGUUGCUAUGCAAGAGCACAGGCAAACUGAGGAUGGCUUUGAAUUGGUGUUUGGGACCAACCAUUUAGGACACUUUUUGUUAACACUUUUGAUACUACCAUUACUUCGACGAGCACCCAAAGCCCGGGUUAUAACUGUGGCUUCUUGUGCUUAUAUACACGGAUCGAUCAAAUUUGAUGACAUCAAUAGUCUUGAAGAGCCGUACGAUAUGUGGUCAGUUUACGGUCAAAGUAAACUGGCAAACAUAUUGUUCACACGUGAAUUGGCCAGACGUUUGGGCACCGAUUCGUCUAUCAAUACAUAUGCUGUUCAUCCGGGUUGUGUCCACACAGAUAUCGGCCGCAAUGUUAGCUCAAGAUUUCAACAGUUAGUCAUAAAAUUGUUGGGAACUUUAUUUCUGUUGAGCGCCGAAUCGGGAGCUCAGACAACAUUGUAUUGUGCUAUACAUGAGAAGCUCGACAGAGAAACGGGCGGUUAUUAUGAAAACUGUCGUCGAGUGAAGAAAUUGUCGCCUAAAGCUACUGAUGAUCAGUCGGCCAGACGUUUAUGGCAAUUGAGCGCACAGUUAGUUCAAAUUGAAAAACAAUUUGAUAGCCUUUUUGGAUGA